CGGGGCAGUGAACCACGUGUUUCGUCUGGAAGAAAUGGCUCUUGUGGUCCGAAUGACUCAGGAGGAAGUACACCGCAACAUGCUCCUCCCACAGCAGCUGCAGGAGCUGCUGAUCUCGACGCGAAGCAUGGACCCGAUAUGCAUCUGAGUUCUUGUGGCCGCUUUGUCAUCCCGAAACUGUUUAGACCUUUGCCAAAGCCGCGUGGCCUGUGGAGUGCAGAGGGUAGCCGGCAGAGUCCAGAAACAAGAGGACAGCGUGGACGCCGUGGAGGCGCCGGACAUCAGCCACUACGCUACGUACCUGUCGUG